GCACCUCCAGCCCUUUGACGGGUGUGUUGCUGCGGGUAUCUCUCCUCUCCUCUUUUCGAACGUACGCACGGCGCUCGGCAAGCGUGUGUGUGGGUGCGUUGACUUUUGUUACUCCGCGGCUACGUGCGAUGCCACCCAGAACAGUACUCGACCUGGUCAGGUCGCACAUUCACCUCCCCAUCAAUCGCGACUAUACUGCCUUGAAGCGUGUGCUGCGGGACUGGCACCAGUACAGCACACAGGUACCGGUGCAGGACAAGCCUACCUUUCCUGCGGAGCUGCUCAUUACAAUCACGCGCACACCGCUGUCGUCGCCCAACAGUGGCACGAAAAGGAAUGCCGAAAAGAGCCCCCUAUCCUCGCAACUCCUAAAGACGAGUCCGAAUAAGAACAAUUCGGGUUCAACUUCGCUCACCACACGCAGCCGGCGCUGGUCGUUGUGGAAAAGCCGCUCUGCCGCACCGACACUCACCCGUGAAGACUUCGUCGUCGGCAGCGGAGCAGCGACGAGUGCAGGGACGCCGUUGGUGUACCGCAAGGUCGUCCCGCUGCACGUGUGGACGGCGGUGCUGCCGUGGGAGAUGCAGCGAGGGCUGUCCUUCAGCGAUUUGACUCUCCCCUCGUUCUUAAGGAGCGAAGGGAAGCGCCGCACGAUCUUUCACGAGAACCAAGGAGAGAAUCAGCAAGAAGAAGAGGCGGAAACCGGCCGCAUGAGGGGCUCGCGGAGCAGCCGGUGUGCAGCGGAGGAAGAAGACGAUCCGUAUGGUGUUGUCACGCCACUUGUAGCUACGACGUCGCCACGGACCCCCUCGACGCUGACGUCCACGACACGCCCCUCGAACACCUCCAUCACGGCCGCCGUCCCUGCGAUGCUCUUCCUGUCCGACAUUCCCUCCACCAAAGCCUACGGCGUUGGCUUCUGGAGUGGGGCGAUUCGGCAGCCCAUCGACGUGCUCUUUGUUGCUCCGACCCUCCCCGCCUCCGUCGGGCCCGCCGCCGCCUCCUUCCAGCAACUACGCGAGCAGGACGCGCAGGCGGCGGCGGAGGACAACUACGUGUCGCGGCAGGUGCUGCACCGUUUCUUCCCGCUGCGUGAGAUGCGCCCGCCAGCUGCAGCCGGCGCGUCCUCCGUCACCUUUCGCGUUCACUCCUUCAGCCACCUCGACCCUCUUCCCCCCACCCUCCACCCCAGUCGUCUCGACACACCAGAGGGGAGGGGAGCACCCGGUCUGUCCUUCACGGCAACGCCAGACGCACCGUACAACUCCCUCAAAGAGGCCCCUCGGUACGUCCUGGAGGUGCCUCGGCACACCCUGCAGCCCGCCGUGGCGGCUGCGCUGCAGGAGAGCCGAGACCUGUUCCUCGAUGCACAAACUGGUCCAACGGCGAGGUGGGAGAGAGAGAGAUCAGACGUGGACCAGGAGGAGGUCUCCAUCGACCUGGUCGUGAGCUUCUCUGACGCGCUGUGCAGCGAUGUUUUUGCCAAGGCACAGCUCUGUGUGGAGUACGUGUCGCUGCUGGAGGACGCGAUUGCGUACUACGCGCGGGAGCUCAACACCGAUCCGUCAGCGACGGCGGUGGCGGCGGAUCCGCUGGAAGGUGGCGGCGGUGCUGCAUCCGUUGACGAUGCGAAGGAGAAGCCGAUAAAGGUGUGGCUGUCGGAGCACGAGUCUCGUUGGAUGACACCUGCGGAGCUGCGAAAGGCGUCCCAAUCCUCUGCCAGUGUCGAUGAGAAGAAGGGAGAGCAGGAAGACAGGGGAGAAGAAGAAAAACGGGCAUACGUGGUAGCGUGUCAGAGUGCCGCCGAGGUGCGCAGCAGCAACGAGCCGUAUGCUGACGAAGAUGGAGCUGCGUACUCGGUGACCACCAACAUAAACACAGCCAACACCGCCGAUGACACGGCUGCGUCUGCGUCUUCCAAUGCAACCGUGUCUGCGGGACGAGCAGUGGCAGCAGCGCAGGCGGUAAGUGCCACACCAGCUCAGCCAAACGCCGUCAGCGCUGCCCGCAGCAUCAGCCUUCAGUCCCCGAUGCUGCAGGACGAGACGGAGGGCCGGCCUUCGUAUCUCGCCCCUUCUUUCGUUGGCCGUCACGAGUCGUCGGUGCUGAGGAGCAGUGCCAUCGUGCUCAGUGCAGACGCGCUCGCCCGCUACCCCAAAACGCACUCCCACAUGCCGCAGCUGCCCCCAGUGGACUACGAGCUCUUCGACCUGUGCAUGCGGCUGGGCGUGGGGCAGCAGGCGAUCCUCUAUCACUACCACGAGCGCAUUUUGCGAGAUUGGCGCGCAGAACUUCAACAGCGCCAGCAGCGCCGUCGUGGUGUUGCUGCAGCUAAUGAUCACGAUGACGCUUCAGCGAACGUCGCCGUGGCCAGCGCGAUCGAUCCUGCGGAUGUGCAGAGGAUGGUGACGCUGGUGCGGGAUCGCAGCCUGCAGCUUUCGCCGGAACUUGUGUCCUUGGUGGAGGCCGUUGCAGCCGCUUAA